AUGACCGCCCCGUAUGAGCAUAUCGACUACUACAGAAUCAUCAUGCAUCUUCAACGAGCACCAGACGCACUCCUUUGCCAGAUUUUUCCUUCCACCCUUAAAGGACAGGCUCGAACGUGGUUCUAUUCUCUUCCAUCCAGAACGAUCCCUUCAUUUAUCAAAUUAUCCAAACUAUUCAUUGAACAGUUUGUGGCUAAUCGAAGAAUUGCUAAGGAUUCUUCCCACCUCUCCGGGAUCCACCAAAAUGAGGGAGAAUCGUUGAAGGAGUAUUUUCAGCGGUUUUCCACCGAGGCUCGACAGAUUCCAGGAGUAGACCCUAAAUUACUUAGAGGGGUUUUUCUUGGAGGUCUUCAUCCUGUCCCCUUCUAUUCAGUACUCAUGCGCGAUACUGUUCAUUCAUAUGCUGACCUGAUCCAUCGCGUGGAGGCACAAAUUUCUGUAGAUGAAGCUAUAAAUGCUCACAGGAAGUAA